AGAAACACGUAAAUCAGAAGCCCUCAGAAUUUAAACCUCCAUAGAGGACAGGACAGGCUCAACACCACCAGGUCUCUCUGGUCGUCGUCUCCACGUCCAUCUCCUCCUCAGGAACCCAACCAACGCACGACCGAACAGGCCUGCCACCGUUGGUCACCGGAGACCAUGUCGAACGCCGACGUGGAGGGAGGCGGCCAGGCCAGGGCGGCAGCACCGACGACGGGGAUCAAGCCGCCGCCGGGGAGGUACAACUCGAGCAACGUCGAGGGGCAGCACGCGCCGGUGUCGCCAUUCUACUACGACCACGCGGAGCAGCACGAGCGGCGGCACCACACGUGGCUGGUGCCGCUGGUGGUGCUGGCGAACGUGGCCAUGUUCAUCGUGGUGAUGUACUACAACGACUGCCCGCGCAACGGCGCCGACUGCAUCGGCCGCAGCGUCCUCCGCCGCUUCUCCUUCCAGCCGCUCAAGGAGAACCCCCUCGUCGGCCCCUCCGCCGCCACGCUCGAGAAGUACGGCGGGCUUGACCGGUACAAGGUGGUGCACGGGAACGAGGCGUGGCGACUGGAGACGAGCACCUGGCUGCACGCCGGCCUCAUCCACCUCGGCGCCAACAUGAUCAGCCUCAUCUUCGUCGGCGUCCGCCUCGAGCAGCAGUUUGGAUUCUGGAAGGUCGGUCUGGUCUACCUCAUCUCGGGCGUCGGCGGUAGCGUCCUGUCGGUUCUUUUCAUCAGGAAUGGUGUUUCCGUCGGCGCCUCCGGCGCGCUCUUCGGGCUCCUCGGAGCGAUGCUGUCGGAGCUCAUCACCAACUGGACCAUCUACUCCAACAGGAUUGCGGCCAUGGCGAACCUGCUCAUCAUCGCCGCCAUCAACCUCGCGAUAGGGAUACUCCCCCACGUCGACAACUUCGCGCACAUCGGGGGGUUCGUCACCGGCUUCCUCCUGGGGUUCGUGCUGCUCAUUCAGCCCCGGUUCGGAUGGUCGGCGCAACCCUUCGGCGCCAAGACCAAGUCGAAGUACACCGCUUGUCAGAUCGUUCUCCUGGUUCUCUCCGUCAUCCUAACGAUUGCAGCGUUUGCUGUUGGAUUGCUGAUGGUGUUCCGGGGAGUGAACGGCAACGACCAUUGCAGCUGGUGCCACUACCUUAGCUGCGUUCCUACAUCGAGCUGGAAGUGUGACAACUAAAAGGAAGAGAUGAAUGGGCCUGCCAGCCUCCCACAGCUGUGGAGAGAACAUGCUGGCCAUCAAGAUAAUUGCUUGAGCUUAUACUUUUGGUUGUAUAGAACUUUAAGCUUUGCCCCCAUCUGCAUUCUUUGUUCCAAGAGGCGUUGAAUAUAGUAACUCCGAUUGUACAUGUUAAAGCUCUGUGCACAUUCUGCUGUAUUUGUGGCAAAUACGUUUAUUCUUUGAUUUU